CAAAAAUAAUAACCGGAAGUAGAGCAAGUGAAGUAAUCCUCUGUUUACGAUUAUCUGAGAGCAUUUACUAGUGUUACCCAAAAUAAAAGUGUGAACACCGCAUCAUGGCAAACAUUGCCGCAGCAAGAAUACAGAGAGAAUUCAAAGAAGUUGUAAAAAGUGAAGAGGUGGCGAAAUGCAGUAUCAAAGUAGAAUUAGUUAAUGAUUCCUACAGCGAACUACGAGGUGAAAUAGCAGGACCACCAGAUACACCUUAUCAAGGGGGAAAUUUUCAUCUAGAGAUUAAAAUACCAGAAACUUACCCAUUUAAUCCUCCUAAAGUGAAGUUUUUAACAAAAAUUUGGCAUCCAAAUAUCAGUUCAGUCACUGGAGCUAUUUGCUUAGACAUCUUAAAAGACCAAUGGGCAGCAGCCAUGACGUUAAGGACUGUCCUCCUCUCCCUACAGGCGCUACUAGCAGCAGCAGAGCCCGAUGAUCCCCAGGACGCAGUGGUAGCCAAGCAAUACAAAGAAAACAAUGAAAUAUUUAAGAAAACUGCUAGACACUGGACGUAUGCUUAUGCUGGAGGUCCACAGAGGGAGUAUGACAUUGAAGCCAAGAUACAGCAGGUGAUGAGCAUGGGGUUUGAUGAGCACAAAUCCAGAGUGGCUCUAUCUUCACAUAACUGGGAUAUAGAAAGAGCAACAGAAUUCUUAUUAAGUUAAUGCCUUGGAUUCAGUAGCUGUGUUUAAUGAGAAACUUGACAAUGAAUGUGAUGAAGGCUACAGUGUGAUGAAGCAAGGACGGCAACACAGAAACAAAACAACUCUUACACUGCUUAUCAUACCGUUCACCAGGAGUAACUGUGCAUUGGUCUUCAUUAGGUUCCUUACAUGUUAUUUGAAUUGAUGAUUUAACGAAUAUGAGAGAAAGAUUAGAGAGAGAGAUAGGAGAUAGCGGAAUAUUACACACUAAUACAACAUAAUACACACUACAUGUACAUGUUUAAUUUGUGUUACAAACACACAUGUGUGACUGAUAAAUUAUUGUUAGAUUUGUUAGCAGGACACAGUCAACUACCAGUACAAGCUUACAAGUGAGGUGCAAGAAUUUAACUAUAUCUGUGUUUUUUAAAACCAGAAUUCAUACUGAAUAUUUCCUUUCAUUCAAAAGAUUUCUUGAAUUAAGAAAGAGUUAAACUUUGACCAGCUAUUUACAAUCAAAGAAAAAUUAAGCAUAAUACAAAAUCAUUUAUGAAAAAGUAUUUAUAGAACCUGCUGUUCCUUUAUCAUCUAAUAGAAGCAUGCGUAAUCCUCAGCUGACAAUGAGUAUAUAUAAAGGGAAACUUGUUCUUAUGUUUUGGAUGCCAGUAGAUGUGGUUAAUUGGUGCUCGUAGGGCAAUCUCUGCCGUCUUGUACAAUAUUGAUAUUAUGACAGAGGGCAUCUUGAUUGGACAAAGAGAUUCAUAAGAUGACAUGAUGGUGGAUUUUUCUCUCUUUUUUUAAUUGCACAUCCUUUCUUUCAUCUGUUUAAUUUAAUGAUAUAAUGUUAACACUGUCCUUUCAAGCUAUUUAAAGUUUUUUCUCGGUGUGAUAAUUGAAGAUACUGUCUUAAAAAUUCAUGAAAUUUUAAAACUAGAAAUAAAAGUAGUGAUUUCAGUGUCUUUAAACGACCAUAUUAAUACAUUUUAAGUCAUAUUCUUUAAUAUGCUGAAGUUUUUAUGAAAUUGUAUGGUAUACAACAAUCCAACAUAAUUAUAAAAUGUGUUUAAGUUUGUUUCAGGUUAAAAGAAAACUUUUGGUCAGCAUUGUUUCUUGUAACUUGCAUUUACUAUCAUUAAUAGUACUUUAUACUUACUUUGUUGCUACUUUUGGAACCAGUGUAAAGGGAGUGAAUGAUUAUAUUCUUCAUCCUACAAUCCAUGCAUAAAAGAUGUACCAUAAGUAUUAUGCAGUCAACAUUUUGUUACAUAUAACCUGUGUGUGAUAUUUAUCUUGCGUUUAUAUCAGUUUUAACUUUUUACAAACUAUGUGAAGUAUAAAAGCUGAGCUUACGUUGCUUCGUAUAUAUUUGUCAUUUCUCUUAAAUUGUAAAUAAAAUGUUUUUUCUAAUGUGAAAAUACUUCAGCCUCUGUAAUUGACAUGAGAAAACAAUUAAAUUGUCAUCAAAAGAGAAUUUUAUUCGAUGAGAAUAUUAAAAAAUGAUGCAAACCCAGCUUUUUAAUGACAGAACAUACAUUUAUUUGGACGGCGGGCUUGUGGAAGGGGGGGGGGGGUGUUCUUAUUUAUAGAUGGUUAAAAAAAAGACCCAGUAGAUAUCAAAAAGAAAAAUGGAGUUCAAAGUCUUGUUUAAUCUCAAAUUUAUGGUGUAAAUUCUUUUACUUCAAAUAUUUCAUAUUUUUCUUACUGACUGAUUACCAAUGAAUAUUCUUUCAAAGACAGAAAUUUUAGAAAAAAAACUCCUUCAACAUUUUACCAUUGUGAAGUUUGGACAUUUCUUGAAAUGAAAAAUAAUUAAAUCCUUUAUUUUAUUGAUAGAAUGCUUUUAAAUGUGACUGUAACCAAUAUAUGCAGUUUUCCUUAGACUUCUUGACUUUAAAAUAGAGCUCAUCAAAUACUGUAACAUCAAAGGGUACUCAUUACACUUUAAUGUACCAUUAUAUUUUGGCAUUUUCGCUACUUUGAACAUAAAAUAAUUUCACUCAAAUGUGUUGAUUACACCUGAUAAAAUCAUUCCAUCAUGGUGUAAUUGUUACAACUUUUUGUAAUAAUUACAUUUUACUGCAAUUAUUUUAUAUGGUUGUAAUUAUCACAUCUAGAUGUAAUUAUUACAUCAUGAUGUAAAAACAUUCUGAUGUAAUCAUAACAUCUUUAUAAACAUCCUAUGCUUUGGAUAGAUUAAUUGUGCCCAAACUAACUCAAGCCUGUAUAAACUGAUCUUUUUCAAAAUUUGAAUUGAUAUGAUAAUUUUCAUUAGGGU